CUUCUUCUCCCACCUACCCGCACUUAACUGGUCGCUCAGACACCUCAGUCGAACGCUCCUCUUCAGAUCACUCCUAGAAAAUGAUAUUUCCCGCGAAACUCUUUCCCAACAUAUUGCAGAAUAGACCCGUCCGUCGGAACCUGAUACCCUGAGUGCCGAUACACCUCGAGGCCAUCGUGGAUACGUACCUCUGAUAUCCGCCCGCCAGCCUUGCGUCACCUUUCCGGUGAACAUCACCACACCACUUCUCCGCCAUGGAGACGGCCGACCGUCCUCCGACCUACACCUUCCCCAACGGCCAUCCAACCUCGCCCCCCAUGACGCCCGGUACUCGCACCCACGCACGCUAUCCGCCCCAGACUAGCCAUACCUCUCCGAUAUACAAGCGCAUGGGUCUUUCGAGGCUGGCGCAGUCCCCGCCAUUGGAGUUCAUUCAGCCCACCGGAGACGGGCAUCAAUUUCGCUUCACCCGCCCGCAGUCAAAUGAGGCAUCAUCGCGGCCGUCUACUGCUUCCGGGCGCGCCUAUGCCACCACGCCGCAAGAGUCCGAAGACGAGACCGAAUCUGACGAAGAGAGUGCAUACGAGGAAGAAAGACCCGCCCGCCGGGUCGAGCACGCCGACUUUGUACUCGAGGAAUUAGACAGCGAUCCAGGCUACGACAGCGACCUUGAGGUGGUACGGCCGGACCAUUUCGAAGAUGCCAAAAGCGACAAGAGCGGGGCAAGACUAGAAGAAAAUGGAUUCCUCGACAGGUUCAACCAACUACGCUGCCAAGAAGGUUCAUCUGACGAAGAGGAACGACAGAGGAGAUACGAAAGGAAGAAGAAGCGAUGGAGCGCUGGCAUCUACAAGCGCAGCCAUAGCCAGAGCAUCGAAGGCGACAGCAGCUACUCCGAUAACGAUCCUCACGACGACGUCGACUCAAACGCCCGCCGUCUGCGCCGCCGGGUUCGGGGACCCGGUGACAGAUCGUCUCUCGUCUUUGAGGACAGAGGCUAUUCGAAUGCUGAGCACAUCGUGGAGGUGGAAGAGCCGGAGGAUGGAGGGAUUCCGCACUCGCCAGGCCCACCGUCGAUUCCCUCUGAUGAUGGCUUCACCCUCGACGAGUUGCCGUUCUGGUCCGUGGUCGACAGCGGGAUGGAUAUCGAAGUCGUCUCCACCUAGUCUCUUUCCCUAACGGCUGAUUUCAUCAUAUAGAUUGUAUCUCGCUGAUGCUCUCCUGUCAUCUCCUUCCGGCCUCGUUU